AUGACGCAAGGUGAGAUGACUAUCACCUUACAGGAUAUGGCCGGCAUAUUGGGAUUGCCUACUAGCGGGCAAGUCGUUACCGGAUCUACAAAUGAGGAUUGGCCCGCUGUUUGUGCUGCUGUUUUUGGCGCGGCUUCACAGACCAAUAAGUUCCUUCAUUCAGGUGACCUCCGCAUCUCAUUUUUAGAUCGGUUAUAUACCCGGUGGACUGAUCAUGCUGGGGAUCAUGAUCGCGAGAUAUUUUUCACAAAGGCGCAUAUUGCUCGCAUGCUGGGGUGUUGGUUGCUGGCGGACAAGUCUGGAGGUAGCAAUAUCGGUUGUCAGCUAGUCCCGUUGCUGGGGGGAGGAUUUGAUGAGAUUGGUCGUUUCAGUUGGGGAUCUGCGGUUCUGGCACACUUGUUCAGGAACUUGUGCGAAGUAACAGAUGUCGGUCGAUCAGACAUGGGUGGUUGUCAUAUUCUUCUUCAGAUUUGGGCAUGGAUACGAUUUCCACCCAUUGCUCCACCCCUUCCUCCUCAUGCAGAGUCGGGCUUGCAUUAUGGAUGUCGGCUUAAUACAGUGGCAAAGUUUAAACCUCAUAAGUCACCCAUUAUCGGGCAACCUUGGAUACACUAUGUAGAGAUGAGGUACGGUUUUGGAUACUUAGUUGUUUGGCAACCAUAUAUCGAUUAUCAGUGGUUGGACGUGACUCCAGAGCAGCAAUACCUUUGGCUUGUUGGCGCACCCCUUAUUUACUUCCACACCGUAGAGGUAUGUCAAUCGGGUAGGUGCAUGCGACAGUUUGGUCUGGAACAGCCCACCCCGGAUGUGAGCAGGAAGUUGAGAGGGAUCCAUGAUCAUACACUGCGGGGGAAGGUUGACGAGAACUGGAGGCGUAAGCUUCGUCCAUGGAUACAGAGAUGGCAGGUCAGGGAGCAGAAUAUCGUUCUGCCCCCUCAAUUACUAGGGUUGAUGUCACCCAACCAUGCGUACAUGGAGUGGUACAAAGCGAGGGGAAAGAGAUACAUUUCUCGCAGGGCAGCAAAGAUUGGACGAAUGAUUGACGGUCUAGAGAUGUUGUAUCAUGCAACAACCGCGGAGGAGUUUCCUCGCUUCGACUUAGACUAUAUCCGUGAGGAGAUUGGCAGGAUUAUUGGGAUGUUUCGUGAGAAUUCACGAGUCGAUGAGCCAGGACCUGAGGCACCCCCAGUGCAGACACAGCCUGAUCUGCUGUUGUCCGUGGAUGUUCCCCGUAAUAGACAGAAGGGACGCGGAUUAAGACGUACGCGUGAGCGAGUAGCAGUUGUCCCUGUUCCGAUCAUUGCACCGAUGCCAGUGGUCGAGAGUUAG